AUGGAUACAACCACGAAACUGAUCCCAAUCACCCUAAACGGUGACAAUUUCUUCUAUUGGACCAAGGCUGCGACGGCGGCACUAAAUAGCAAAGGACUAUGGGAGCAUAUCUCUAUCGAAAAGAAGUCUCCUCCUCCACAAGAGGUGGCUGCCGAAGGAGAGACUCAAGAACAGACCCAUCAACGUCUUGCACGCAAUCGGCAAGCUACGUUGGAUUUUACAAAAUGGAAGCAAGAAGACAGCCAAGCACUUGUGAUUUUGCAAGGCUCGCUGGAUCCUCACUUGCUCCCUACGUUUAUCACCCAUGCCUCGGCUAAGUCUCUUUGGGAGGCUCUUAACAAGGUGUAUGGGAAUUUAUCUAACGUGAGUCGAAUUUUCGAACUCAAACGCAAGCUCUCUCAUCUUCAGCAACAUGAUCAGCCACUUAACAAGGUUCAAGGGGAAUUUUCUGCGUUAUGGGCAGAACUUGAGGAACUGCGACCAACGUCCACAGAUCCGACGAUAGUCAUCCAACGAGCCGAGGAUGAUAAGGUUUUUUCGUUUCUUUCGACCCUUAAUCCUUUGUUUAAUGACUCGAUCUAUCAUGUGCUGCGACAGACAAAGUUACCAACGUUUGAGGAGCUUUGUAUGUUGCUGAAAAGGGAAGAGGGAGGACGAAAUCUUUUUUCGAACCCCCCGGAACUUGCUCAUCUUGCUCACAGGCCUUCAACAUCGCUCGUUCCAUCUAAAGAACGAAAACAAUAUUUUUGUGAGCAUUGUAAGAAGUCCGGGCACUCGAUGGAGAGAUGUUGGGUGCUUCAUCCGCAUAUGAAACCAACACGUUACAAAGAAAACCCUCGCAAAGGUUCGGCGAUGUCGGCUCAACACGAAUCAGAGAACAUGCUUGGUCUUACAACUGAUGAGAUGAAGGGUCUCAAACAUCUCCUCCAAUCUCUCAACAAAGAUACCGGUAAUCUCUCUCGUUCUCCUUCCAUUAUUCUUGAUUCGGGUGCAACAACCCAUAUGUUUUGUGAUGAAUCUUUGUUUGAAAGCUUUUCCCCGAGUCAUGGAGUUGUCACGGUUGCCAAUGGUAAGAAUGUGCCAAUAAAAGGCAUCGGUAAAGUUAAGGUAUUUGACCGAGUUAUCUCGGCUCUAUAUGUACCCGCGUUUCAUGCUAAUUUGCUCUCCGUCUCUAAAUUUAUUGAAGAAUCUUCUUGUCGUGUUAUAUUCGACUCUAACGGCGUUACUUUUCAGGAUAUUGACUCGGGACGUGUCUUUGGAAAAGGAUCACGGACGGGAAAUCUAUUCUAUCUAGAAGACAAUCACUUUAGCUUUCUUUCUAUUUCACCUAGUGUGUGGCAUGCCCGUUUAGGCCAUCCACAUGCUAAGGUUUUUCAUUUGCUUAUUCCACACGUUAAGACAUUUGAUACUCAUUGCGAGGCGUGCCAUCGAACUAAACUAGAUCCGAAAAGCAACCGUUGUAUCUUCCUCGGUUAUCCAGCUAAUCAAAAGGGAUAUAUAUGUUAUCAUCCUCCAACAAACCGAGUUUACACUUCCCGCGAUGUUAUAUUUGUCGAAGAUAUAAGCUACUUCGAUGACUGUAAUUGGAGGGCAAUAGAGAACCUUGUUGCGCAAGGAACAGAAGGACCCGACAGCAUUGGACGACUUAUCACCACAUUUCAACAACUCGGAGUUCACAGCUCACUCUUCCGAACUUCUGCUCCUUCGGAGAAUCUCCACGCCGACGGUAUUCCUUGCUAUCUUCCAAAUUCUCUUAAUGAAACGUCUGUUACUAACCAUGCAGAUCCAUGCAAUACACCACCACUCCUUGGUCCUUCACGUGAGGGGGAAGAUGUUGACUUCAUACCUAUUCAUGCUCCUGAAAGAGAGACACGUGUAUCAGAGUCAAUUACAGAUGAUGUUUCCUUCAUACCUAUUGAUAAUCCUCAAAUAGAGACACGUGACAAAGACAAUGCUUUUGUCCCUUUGCACAUCGAUACUUCUCCGACGCAUGACGAACACGCGGAAACAUCACUCGAUGCGGACGUCGAACAUGUCCAGCCCACAUGCAAUCCAUCGCUUCGCCGAAGCUCCCGGACACGUAAGCCGACAUGGAAGAUCAGAGAAACAAACUCCUCUCAUCACGUUGCUCACCCUAUCGAUAAGUUCUCUUCUCUUCAAUACUUUCCAACUAACGAACAGAGUUUCUUAAGCAUUGUGGAACAGGGAGAGGAGCCUACCUCUUAUACUAAGGCUAAAGAUAUCGAUGUUUGGCGGCAUGCUAUGACAGAAGAACUUGCUGCCCUCGAAAAAAAUGGCACUUGGGAGAUGACGGAUCUACCCCCGGGAAAACAAGCGGUCGGGUGCAAAUGGGUAUUCAAGAUUAAGUAUCGCAGUGACGGUACUAUUGAACGCCACAAAGCUCGCCUCGUCGCCAAAGGAUAUACACAAACUUAUGGCGAUGACUAUAACGAGACAUUUGCUCCGGUCGCAAAACUUCCCACGGUACGUGUUCUCUUAUCUUUAGCCGUUAACCUUGAUUGGCAGUUGUGGCAAAUGGAUGUGAAGAACGCCUUCCUCCAAGGUGAUCUUGAAGAAGAGAUCUUAUGA